AUGAUCUCAUCGAUAUUAUCUAAUUGGUAUCUUGAUGAAUGCACGGCAGAGUAUUUGUCUUAUCUGCCCAAACUGAAUCUAUCGUCACGUUCAUAUGCCAAUGGUACUUGCACAUGUGAUCAUAGCCUAAAUUGUUUAUCUCCUUUAAUUAUUGAUGAAUGGGUAGUUCCAGGACUUCAAAUCGGAUGCGAUCCAAUGGAAUCUCUUCUACAAUCUACUCUUGAAUGUCUCUAUGAUGUAACAUGUAUCAACCAGAUCAUGCCGAAUAAUACAACACCAAAUAUAACGUUUCAUGCUCUUAAAUCUACACUAUCAUCUUUCCAUGACAAUGUUCAGUCUUUAGUGAAUAUUCUUAUGGUUGAUCAAUUGAAAACAAAUGUCACUUAUGAGAAUUACUAUAAAUCAUGUGCUCCUGCCUAUUGUACCUAUUCACUCAACACACGAUUUGAUAAAGUAUUUGUUUUCACAAAUAUAAUGGGCCUCUCUGGAGGAUUAACAGUUACACUUAAAUUAAUCAUUCCAUUUGCAGUGAAAUUUUGGCAACAUAUUCAAGUGCAUCGUCGAAGAGUUGUUCAGCCAAUGACUAAUGUAAUCUCAUAA